AUGGUGCCGGCGCCCGGGGGUGCCCUGCUCCUGCUGCUCCUCCUCCUCCUCGCCGCCCUCCUCCUCGCCGCCGCGGGCAGCUCAAGAGUUCGUGGGCAGCUGGUGACUGUGAGCCAGCCUGGGGUGUGUCGCUAUGGUUCUCGGACGGAUUGCUGUUACGGCUGGAAAAAGAACAGUAAGGGCCACUGUGAAGCUAUCUGUGGACAUGGCUGCAAGUAUGGCGAGUGCAUGGGACCAAACAAAUGCAAAUGUUUUCCUGGAUUUACAGGGAAAACCUGUAAUCAAGAUCUGAAUGAAUGUGGACUGAAACCACGUCCCUGUGAACACAGAUGCAUGAAUACACAUGGCAGCUACAAGUGCUAUUGUCUCAACGGGUACAUGCUCAUGCCAGAUGGCACAUGUGCAAGCUCUAGGACUUGUGCCAUGGUUAAUUGCCAAUAUGGAUGUGAGAAAGUCAAGGAGGAUGUACAAUGUCUUUGUCCAUCAGCUGGCCUUCAGUUGGGACCAAACGGAAGGACAUGCGUUGAUAUUGAUGAAUGCUCCACUGGCCGAGCUGUCUGCUCUUUCAACCGCAGAUGUGUCAACACGUUUGGAAGCUACUACUGCAAGUGCCAGCUUGGUUAUGAACUGAAAUACAUCGGCGGCCAUUAUGACUGUGUAGAUGUAAAUGAAUGCGUGGCAAAUACACACAGGUGUAACCUCCAUGCAGAGUGCGUCAACACGGAGGGAUCCUUCAAAUGCAAAUGUAAACAGGGAUACCAAGGAAGUGGAUUCGACUGUACUGUUAUACCUGAAAAGUCAGUGAAGGAAAUUCCAAGAAUCCCUGGAACAGCUAAGGACACAAUUAAGAAACUUCUUGCCCAUAAAAACAGUGUGAAAAAGCACAAAGCAAUCAAGAAUGUGAUCCCAGAAUCAGCGAUGACACCAGCUUCUAAGACCCACUUGCAGUCACUGGACUAUGAAGGUGGUAUUGAUCUUGGUGGGAGCUACACUGUUGAAGAGAAAGAAACUGAAGUUACUAUAGAAGAGGCAGAGGAGACAGGCAAGGAAGAGAAUGAAGAUUAUGAGAAUCAGAUUGACCAUGAGCAAAGUCUAAGAGGAGAUGUCUUUUUUCCCCAGGGUAAAGAAGCAGCUGCCUUUGGCCCUCUCCUGGCACAGAGAAAAGUUCCAGUUUCGAGACCAGAGCAAGAAGUUGAUUGCAGCUUCAGUCGAGGGGUCUGCGACUGGAAACAAGAUACUAAUGAUGACUUUGACUGGAAUCCUGCUGAUCGAGAUAGAGGUGAUGGGUACUACAUGGCAGUUCCAGCCUUUGUGGGCCACAAGAAAGAUACAGGACGUCUAAAACUUCUCCUCAAUGACCUCAAACCAAAGAGCAGCUACUGCUUGAUUUUCAGUUAUCGACUUGCUGGCGAGAGAGUGGGGAAACUUCGAGUGUUCCUCGCCAACAAAAAAACUGCUCCUGUCUGGGAGGAGAACAAAGGGAAAGAUGAAAGGUGGAGAACUGGAAAAGUAGAAAUAUUUCAGGGGGCUGAAACAACCAACACUAUCACUUUUGAAUCAGAACGUGGGAAAGGCAAAACUGGAGAAAUUGGAGUGGACAAUGUUAUACUAGUUUCUGGUCUGUGCCGAGAAGAGACCUGAUAAUGGAUAUUUGAAUAUACUGGAUUUAAUCCUAUUUUAAAUAUUUACGUUACUAGUAGUUUAUUUUUUAUAAUUUUCAUUACAAGGAAAUGAAAAUAUAAAAACUGUGCCUUGAACUUAAUGCAGCAAUGCAAACAAUAACUGACGUGCAACAUGCAGAGAACACUUUUUAAUGAGUUAUUCUAAUACAUGGUUUGAGUGUAGCACUACUGUAUUUUAGCAUUCAAGGUCAGGGUUUCUAAAGUAUUAAAAUGUU